AAACAAGUUUUCAGCCGUAACUAGAUUUAAGACGUCUCUGCAAAUUGAUUAGCAUUUGUCACUUUAUUAUUAAAGGUCGGCCCAGUCUGUUGUAAUUCUAUGUACAUGGUACGCAAAACAAAAAUAUUCAAGUGUGGACAAAAAUUACUUUUAUCCGACAAAAAAAUCUAUUUCUGGUCACCUGGUAAAUAUAGCCAGGAUAAGAUAGACGGAACCUCACGACCACAUACCAAAUCAAUACGCGGUUAGUAUGUGGAAAGUAUGGUGUUAUUGUUUAUAAAUAAAAAAAUUUUAACAGUGAAAAGUUUCAGUACCGUGAAUUGUAGUAAUCGCAGUGGCUCGUUAAAUCGACAAAUAGUUGACCGUGUCGUGUUCUCCAAAAACUGUCAUAAAAAUCAUUUCAUUAGCAAUAUGGCCAUCGUGACUAACGAUCCGCAAAUAGCCGCUCUAAGUGAACGACUGGCUCCAUCUCUUACUGAGAGCAAGUAUAAAGGGCAAGCUGGUAAAAUAGGAAUAUUCGGCGGCUCAUUGGAAUAUACCGGAGCGCCGUAUUUUGCCGCCAUAACUGCUUUGAAAGUUGGUGCUGAUUUGGCUCAUGUUUUUUGCAUGAAAGAGGCUGCAACGGUGAUUAAAUCGUACAGUCCGGAAUUAAUAGUACAUCCAUUAUUGGACGAUCCUAAUGCCAUUUCAAAAAUUGAACCAUGGUUGGAACGCUUUAAUGCGGUAUUGAUAGGACCGGGCUUGGGACGGGAAGAAUCAACUUUCAAUGUUAUCAAACAAAUAAUAAAUAUUUGUAGAAGAUCACAAAAACCUUUGGUUAUUGAUGCUGAUGGUUUAUUUUUAAUAUCUAGACAACCAGAACUUAUUCAAAAUUAUCCCCCGCCAGGAGUGAUUUUAACUCCAAAUCUAAUGGAAUUUGCACGACUCAAUGGUGUGGACAAUCCAAAAGCUAUAACAGACCCAAAUAAAUUUUUCGAAUGGGGGAAAACUAUAACUUUGUUAGUGAAGGGACCGCAAGAUCAGAUAAUGGAUUCUGAAAAGAAAAUCACGGUCAGCGGUGGUGGUUCAGGUAGGCGUUGCGGAGGGCAAGGAGAUCUAUUGGCAGGAUCGCUAACUACUUUUUUCACUUGGACUUUGCAACAGCAAAGGAAUCCGGGAGUUCCUCAUGAUGACAGAAUAAUGACAGCCUGUUAUGCAGCUUGCAAGCUAGUGAGGGAGUGUAAUGCAAGAGCAUUUCAGAAGAAAGGCCGAAGCAUGGUUGCAUCCGAUAUGAUCGACGAAAUUCAUGGUGUUUUCGAGGACAACUUCGAACUAAAGGCUACUGGAAAUAAGUAAUUUUCUACAGGAGCAACUCUAAAAAUUUUGGCAACAGAAACCUAGAAUGUUUUUUAUACUAUGAGAUUGUUAAAUUUAUUGUGUAAAAACACUGACUAAUUUUAUUGUUGUAAUCGGUAACAUUUCAAUAAAUGAGAAACAGUGUUUGCAAUA